UAGUUGAAGAGUAAAUAUGUCCUCCCUUGAACUACAUAGGCAUAACCGGACAGUACUUGACAAAUUGAAACCAGGUGAUAGGUUGCAGUUUGAGCGAGGACUGUUCCAACACUGGGCUGUGUACGUUGGUAACCAGAAAAUCGUGCACUUGGCUGGAGUGCGUGAUCAAGGGGAAACUACUCUGAAUCACUCAUUCGCAAUAAGUGGAGUUGGAAUCGUUCGCAUAGAUAAUUUUUGGUCAGUUGCUGGAGAUAGCAAAGUGUACUUGGACAACUCAAAGGACGCAAAAUUAAGACCAUAUGAACCUAAUAGGAUAGUGCAAAGAGCACUAUCCAAUCUUGGAGAAGUUGGAUAUGACACACUCUUUAAGAACUGUGAACAAUUCGCUUCAUGGUGCCGGUAUUACACAGAAACUGAGACACACAACUGGACAGUACUUGACCACUUGGAACCAGGUGACUUGUUGAAGUUUGACCGAGGAGUGUACAGUCACUGGGCUGUGUAUGUUGGUAACGACGAAGUCGUGCACUUGGCUGGAGUCGAUGGUGCAGGUGGAAGGGACCUGAAGCACCCAUGCACAAUAUCUGGAGUUAAGUCUGAUAAAGGAAUCGUUCGCAAAGACGAUUUUUGGACAGUCACUGAAGACAGCAAAGCGGAAAUAAACAACUUCAAGGAUUUGAAAUUCAAACCCUUGGAACCAUCUAAGAUAGUACAAAGAGCAUUAUCCAAAGUUAGAGAAGUUGGAUAUAACUUGCUCUACAAGAACUGUGAACACUUUGCUACAUGGUGCCGGUAUGACAUAGAAAAAAGUGAUCAGGCUGGUCUGUUUGCUGCAGUGGCUUCGUUUGUUGGGGGUGCCGUUGUGGCAGGGGCAGGGAUAGCAUUGGCUGUCGUGUUUGGAAGUGGCAGAAAGGAGGAGAGAGAAAAACGGUCCAAAAACUAACAAGUUCAAUUCCCACCAUAAAAUGGUGAAACCAAAUAAAUCGGUCAAGUAAACUGUGAAGUGUUCAACGAAUGCACCAUAUCUGACAACAGAGAGGUUUGCUGGAUUCCGCAACAUUCCUCACCAACUCGUACCAUUCCGUGACAAGCCUAAUAUUCAUGCCUGAGUCAUGCUCCUGUUCAUUCAGCC